AUGAGUCCGACAAACAGUACCAGUCUUUCGGGUGAUAGUUUGACACCCACCAACUCACUCUCGCCUUGGGAUUGUUCUGCAGACGCCUCUCUCUCCGCCCACGAAGAUGGCGAUGGCCGGAAGCACACCAAAUCCCGCACCCUGGCACCAAAUCUGACACGCCGGUCGCACAAAAAGUCGCGGGCGGGAUGCUUCAGUUGUAAAGCCCGCAAGAUCAAGUGUGGCGAGCAGAAGCCCGAAUGUGGGAGCUGCUUACUCAAAGGCAUCCCAUGUGUCUAUCCUACAGAAACCCCGGCGCGCAGGUCCAACCUGCCGUUGAUCAAACGGAAUCCACCUGCGACACCAUCUUUCGCAGGAGUGACCUUUUCCAUGGUGGAUAUGCGCUUCUUUCAUCAUUUCUUGACUAUCGCAUAUCCUCACUUGCCCGUGGGCAAUGACCACGUGUGGGUUCAUGAGAUACCGCAAUUUGCCGAACAGCACGAGUAUCUCAUGCAUGCGAUCCUGUCGUUGGGCGCAUCUCAUCUCGGUCGGUUGACGGGCAUCGACUACCGCCGCGAGUCCCUUGUCCAUCGUGGCCAGGCGCUUGCAGGCCUCAACCAGGCUCUGAGUCAAGCGUCCCGCUGUUACGGCGAAUCUGACGCCAUGCUGGCUUCAUGUUAUGCCUUGACUUUCCAAGCAUCGUAUAUGGGUGACGGCUUGACAGACUUCAUCACCAUGGUCAGAGGCUGCGCGUUGACUACGGACAAGAUUCAACGAGAACUCUCUCCUACGGCGUUCAAUUUACAACCCGAUUGGCACUUGAAGUUCAUGGCGCCUCGGCUCGAACAUCUCCCAACCGUCGAUCCAACGUUGCUCGAAGACGCAUACCUCGCUCUUGAGGAAAUCAGUCCUUUGUUGAGCGACGAUACCCAUUAUAACUUCCAUGCUGGACUGGUAGAUGUGGUAAGCGCGUUGCAGACCAGUUCAGCAUCAGGGUAUAUGCAAUUCACCGAACUAUAUACAAUAUGGUACGAUUUGUGCCACGACUCGUUCAAGACAUUCCUCGACCCAAACAACCUUGUGGCUCAGCUCCUCCUCUCCUACUUUGUGGGGGUUCAACUGCUCAUCGUUCCACUUGCGACGCACGAGUUCAUGCAUCGCGCAGAUGUAUCGAGGAUACGUGUCCUUUAUGGUGUCACCGAGUGGGCCGAGAGCAUUUUCCUGCGGCUGGAAAAUUCGGAGUAUGCUCAGUUUCUCUCUUGGCCGCAGAAUAUUAUCUCUACGGUGGUUGCGGAACUGAAUGGCGGAAUUUUACAGUUGCCCUCGGUGUUGCAAUUACAUCUAACCAAAAGAGAUAUAACGCCGAACACAAUCCUGGCCCCGCCAUAG